GACCGAAAUGCCUGCAAUUGGAGAGUGUUGACAUUUUUCAACCAUACGAGAUAUCCCGAUUCCAAGUCAUUGGGCUCCGAGGGGUGCUGUAGGCAUUCAACAAGGCCGAUGCCCAACCUGCAGUCAUCCGAAACCGUUCACCGAAUCUUGAUCGUCAGCCUAUCACUACGAAUAUGCACGAUUGCCUGUAAGCGAGGCUGAUUUUGCGAACCGAGACAAACCUUCAAUCUCAGUUCCUUCACGCCGGACAGAACCUCUGGUUUAUAUGCAUUCAUGCCUGAAGUCAGCCUACCCCCACUCUGAGAUGUUAUGUCUAUGGUUGAGUAUUCUGAUUUCGCGGGGAAAUAAAAGCUUCUCCAGAUCCACUCUAUCUACUUACUCUUUCUUAUUGUCCGAUUCUCGAUCUCAACUGUGUUUAAAGAAUUCAACCUGAUUUACAUUAUUGAAUUUUUUCAUUUAUUAUAUAUUUCGAAUAACAUCAAAUUAAUCAUGGCUUCCAAAUUUAAUCUACCUAUUGCAUCGACGCAAGAGCGUAGACCCGUACGACACGAUAUCAAUGAAGACAAAAAGUCUGAGAAGCUUAGAACGAUGUACUUGUACACUAUGAUGUUUCUCUCGAUAGCUUCUCCCAUUCUUCAUGAAUCCUCUCUCUUUGCUUGGCUUGUCAAUAUUCUUUGCACUGUUGCUCUCAUGGUAGCUGUCGUUCGGACACAUCCUGAAGAGAUUAAAAAGUUCGGCCCUGUGGUAAUACCGACAGCCAGCUUGUUCUUGGUGAUGAUAGUGUUCACAAGUCGUGUAUCGCUUUUGGAAAUUAUGCCUUGGAUACCAUUUGCCUUUUCCAUAUGGCUUUUGAUCACCGUUCACUCUUGCCCAGCGUUGGUAUCACUUGUUCGAGAAGUUCUUGAAGGAUGCGGGCUGAAUUUACCAAAACAUGGCCAUUAUAUCCAUAACUUUACCUGGGAUGUCGAGGAAGGCCAGGACCAAGCUCCAAGUUUUUGGUUCGAUCAAAAGAAGCCCCUAAAACGUGUAUCGCAGUCCACAAUGGAUCACGAGCUUGCCUUUAUGGGUCGUCCUACUUCAAUCAUAAGCACAACGCCCAGUGAUAUUGAUUUAGAUGAAGGCAAUGCGACCGCAAGGUUGGUAGGCGCCAGACUUCUGUCCCACUUCCGUGAAGAUAGUCGCGAAUCCAUGGAAUUCCUGGAUAAAUUGAGGCUCCACUCACAGGAUAAUUUUACAAAUUCCCUGGACGCUUCCGAUGAUUCGUUGAUAGGCCACUACUCAACAACCGGGUCGGAAUUCAACGACCAUACAUAAUGAACAAUCCGUUUAUAUGCAGCAAGAGGUUAGCAAAACUUACUAUGUCAACUUGUCCAGAUUCUCUACUGCCGAAUUCAGCCCUAAAAUCCAAGAGCUGUGGAUGUCCUGAGAUGUAUACCUUUUUUAGUUGGAUCCCAAGCGGAUAGAAGUCAUUCCACAAUUAUUGGAUCCACAUUCUCAACAUUUCUAGGAUACAUAUGUGCAGUAUUGCUUUUUUUUCUUUCGUGUUCUUGCCAUGGGACCAUGAUAGCCUCACCUCUGGAGGUUUCGAAUGUCGUUUUCAUUUCCGGAAUCUUAUCCACAAGGACAUAAUAACUACCCCAAUAUCGGAAACCAGACCAUUUUCUACCUCAGUCGCGCCCGCAUCCGCGAUCAAUGCCAAGAAAGGAGCCACUUGUGACCAGGAAUAUAAUCCGAGGAUGUUUCUUGGUCGACAAUAAAUAAGAACUGCAAGUAAUGAGCUUAGAUAGUGAUGUCACAACCUACUGUGACAAUUAGUAUGGCAGUCAUUUAGUUCAUCUAUUGAUGCUUCUUAAAUUAUCCCCUUGGAACUCCAUCCCAAGGGGUUAGUUGUCUCACGAUUCGACCGCCCAAGUCCACCGACAACCGCAUCCUCUCACCAUGGCCUCAAUUUUUGCACGUGAUAGUCUAAUUCAGAUGCUAUACAUAUGUAUGCUAUAGGAACCAAAUUCGCCAACCAAAAUAUGUGUCCUCACUUUCGAAUUUUCUGAUGUGAUCAUUUAUAUCAUGCCACGAACAUUCGAAACGCUUCUUUCGGGAAAAUAUAUUUUUCAAAGUGGCACUUUGAAGCAGUGCUCUCUGAUGAGACUCUGAAUGGUCGUCUUUGUUCGUGGUGACUGAUCUGUCAUAUUUGAUCGUAGCUUUCACUCAAGCACUAAGCUUUGGUUGGCGCAUGGGAAUGUGGUGGAAUCUGAUAGAAACUUUUGAAGGUUCGUGUGUCAGCAUUAUCGUUUGAUAUGCGGAGGGAGGUUGGAAUUUUGUCCAGGGGGUUUUAAUCGUGUGCAUACGGGAGGUUCAUUGGAUGCAUUAAUAGGGCAUAGAAAUUACUGUGCAAACGGAAGAACGGGCAGCGUUCUGGUAUUUCUCCCGCUUCUUUUUUAAUUCGACGUGGUAAAGCACAGUUUGGGGCGGCAAGCUCGACGUAUUAUAGCUUCAUCGGCUCAAUAUAGAUAGAGAUGAACAUGGGGAGAGGAUGGCGGUGGAGCAGUAGAUGAUAGUCUUUUCUAUUCAUGUUGCAUCGAACUUGCAGGCGAUCUCGGAAGGAAUGUUUUUGAGUCUGUGAAUAUCAUCGCACGAGAUUCAAUUGUGUUUCUCGGGUGACCCAUCACACCAGUUUCCCUCUGAUAUGAUAACUGAAACGCAGAUUAUGUGGAUUCAAGUUUGAUGGAUCGACCGAGGAAGGAGCUGUCUCCUCAAAUGUUGUUACUUCUUCUACGGAGACUGUAGGUGCAAAGCGAAUAUUGACUUUCCCCUACGAUUGAUACCAUAAGAGACACCCAGGAAUAGAGACAGCCACUUUCACUUCAUCGCAGCGUCAUUAGGUAGAUUACAAAGACAAUGCUA